GUGAUGUGGAACAGACAGCAGUAUUCGUUGGAAGCUGCUUGAGUUCGGUUCGUGCUAAAGCUUAGAAGACAAAAAAAAGAUCUAGUUUCAUCACGUUUGUUAAUUAUUGCGUAAUAAUUUAUCCACCAUGGGUAACAAUCAAAAUCAAGGAAAUACCAUCAAUCCUGAACAUGGAUCCUUAAAGAGCCAAGAAACAACUGAAAUAAUGAUAGAGAUCGAUGUUAAUGUUGAGAAUGUUUCUGUUUUGCAAGACUUCGAAAUCAUAAAUAAGGAAGAUUGCGUUGAGGAAGUGGUAGAAGUAGGUUCCUUAGAAAACAAUUUGAACAAUAUACCAAAAGAAGGCAUUACAGAUAGAUCGGAUUUAUCCGAUGUAAAAGCUAACCUUCAAGAAGAUAACGAAACUUUUGAUGACCCUAUCAAUACAGAAAUGGAAAAUUUGUACAAUAUACCAGAAGAAGGCAUUGCAGAUAGAUCGGAUUUAUCCGUUGUAAAAGCUGACCUUCAAGAAGAUAAAGAAACUUUUGAUGACCUUAUCAAUACAGAAAUGGAAAAUUUGAACAAUAUACCAGAAGAAGGCAUUGCAAAUAGAUCGGAUUUAUACGAUGUAAAAGCUGACCUUCAAGAAGAUAACGAAACUUUUGAUGACUCAAUCAAUACAGAAAUGGAAAAUUUGAACAAUAUACCAGAAGAAAGCAUUGCAGAUAGAUCGGAUUUAUACGAUGUAAAAGCUGACCUUCAAAAAGAUAACGAAACUUUUGAUGACGUUAUCAAUACAGAAAUGACAAAUUUGCAAGACGUCGAAGGUAUGAAUAAGGAAGAUUGCGCUGAGGAAGGGGUUAAUGUGGGUUCUUUGGAAAACAAUGAAAAUAAUAAACCAGAAGAUGAUAUUGAAGUGGUACCUGUAAAUGCAUUUUUUGAUAACGAUAUCAUUCCGGAAAUGGCAAAUGACGACGCUAAAGCUGAGAGUGGAACUAUUUUACAAGAGUGCGAAUACACAAAUGGACCAAAUUGCGAGGAGAUUGAUGAUAAAGGAGCAAACAAUAUAGAAGAAGAACCAGAUAUACCAGAAGAAGAACUAGAUAUACCAGAAGAAGAAUCAGAUAUAAUACAAGAAGAAACAGAUAUACCAGAAGUACAACCAGAUGUACAUAAUAUAAUCGAUGACUCUCAAAGUGAUAAUGCAUAUCUUGAUAAAUCUACAGAACUGCAAUUCGUAGACAAUGAUGGUAAUGAUGAGAGAGGAUCUCAUCUGGAGACUUGCAAAACAUUAAAUGCAAAAUUUGAUGAUGAAGAAGAGGAUGGAGCACGUUGUUUAGAAAUCAAUAUACCAAAAGAAGUCGUCAUGGACGAUGAAGAAUGUACUGAAAUAUUAAUCAUUAGAAAUAAGAUAUUGGAAAUAUUUCCCGAUGUAGAAGAAUC